GAGACCGGACAGAGACUCACGAAGCUAUAGGAUUUCUCCUGUAGAAGUGACCCAGACCCCAGUGAGACCACCUCAGACCCCAGGCCUCAGACCCCAGGCCUCCACACACAGAUGGAACAUGACCAGAACAGUGACCAUCCACCCCCAUACUACUUAGCAGUAGUGCCCACCCAGCCUCCUCCUCAGUAUGGAGAUGUGGUGGGAACAAGAGGGUGGUCUGACACCCCCUCCCAACCUUACUACAUCAACCAGCCGAUGCCACAUGCAAAUGUCAUCCAUGUCUCUCAGAGUACCCCCCCUUGUCGUAAGAAAAGCUUAACGUGUGGGAACAGUUCCCACUGUUACAGAGGAUCAGGAGAAGCCACCCUACUACUUGUCUUCCUCGUUAUUGCUCUCUGGCUGGGGGUAUGUUAUGGCCCAUCCCUGGUGUCUGGCCACCUAAGCAGCAGUGAAGCCUACCAGCCCAGCGAGAUGGAGAAAGACAGCUGUCCCUCCAACACUGUGGAGUGUGAUGGCCAACAGGAAUGCAAACUGGGCAGUGAUGAGACCAAUUGUUUACGGUUCGGGUCGAACGGGGCUCUCCAGGUGAAGACAAACAGCGUUGGUAGUUUCCUCCCUGUAUGUUACAGUGGCUGGAACAAGGGCCUGGCUGACCAGACCUGUGCACAACUAGGCUUCAGAGCGAGUCAUAGCACUAGCAGUGUGAAAGAUGGGUCCUCUACCACUCUCACUGUGACAGGGCAGACCUGCAACACCAUCCAGGGAAAGGUGUCAGUAAAUAGCUCAUCUUGCCUCAACAAGGACACUGUAUCCCUGCAGUGUAUCAACUGUGGCCGGCAGCAGUCGUCCAGAAUCAUAGGGGGCUCUGCAGCGAAUCUGGGCGAUUGGCCUUGGCAGGUCAGCCUCCACUUUCGGGGCUUUCACACCUGUGGAGGCACCCUGGUGGCUCCUGACUUUGUGGUGACAGCAGCCCACUGCUUCCCCAGGAAAGACUCAUCGUACCUGGUGCCCAAUAACUGGCGUUUGUACAUGGGCAUGGUUUCUCAGACGAUGCUGCCUGUCCCUGAGAUGGUGGAGAAGAUCAUUGUCCAUGAGAGCUAUGAUGACAACACCAACAACUAUGACAUUGCCCUGCUUAAACUCACACAUUACAUAGACUACUCCAACAGCAUCCAGCCUGUGUGCCUGCCUGCCUAUGACAAGACCGUCUCUCCUGGGACAAAAUGCUGGACCUCUGGAUUUGGGACAACAGAGCAGGGGACAGCCCGUGGAUCCACAAGUCUUAUGGAGGUGACUGUGGACAUCAUUGACUCCAGUGUAUGUAACAGAAACACAGUCUACAAUGGCCAGGUCUCUCAGAACAUGUUGUGUGCUGGAGAUAUAAAGGGAAGCAAGGACUCCUGCCAGAGGGACAGUGGAGGUCCUCUGGUGUGUAAGGACUCAGACCAGCGCUGGUACCUGAUGGGGGUGACCAGCUGGGGGGUAGGCUGUGGCAGGAGGAACAUGCCGGGGGUCUACAGUCAUGUCAGCCGCCUGCUGCCCUGGGUCUACAGUAAGAUGCAGCAAGCAAGACCGUGAUGUCAUCACAGCCGCUCUCAUCCAAGGAUGUUCAACAUGUCUUUUGGACCUGACAAUGAGACUGGUGUGAACCCUUCAACACUGGCAGGGAAUGGAAGGCUUUUGUAUGUGAUAUCUGCUGUCAUUGCACUGCUGUCAUCUUAACGUGCGUUGGAUCAUUGUUUCCCUGAAACAGUAUUGAGCAUAUCUAUAUUUGUGACAUAUUUUAUGAGGAAUGUCUUUUACUCACACUGCAACCUCUUAUAAAGCUAUAAACCUGUCUCAGGAUAUACUCCAGGUUCACAUGGACUUUACUGAUGCUACAGUGAACUACACUUGCUGUUUUCUAUGGCUGAGAGUUGUGAAACUGAAGAAAAUUUAUCAGGAAGAUUUUUCUAAUCACUUUAACGUAACACUAAUUACCUUAUGGCACUGAUGAUUCCUUGAUUGUUUUUUGAUUGUUUCAACUUAUGUACACUUUUUGGUGUGAUGUGUGUGAAUUAUCGAUUCUGUUUUUCCAUGUCUGU